CACAUUCUCCUCGUUCUUGUUAAGUUUAGCAGAGGCGAUAAUUGAUCAGUCCCACCAAUUCCUCUCCCUCCUUUGGAUUCUGCGGAGAUCGAGGCAUCCUUUGUCUCCUCCGUCUCUUUUCCAUGUCAAUGGAGACCAGAGACCGCGGCUCGAUGCCGGCGCUGGUGCCAUGCUCCUACGCGCAGCUGCCGCUGGACGAUGACGAGGCCCAGGCCGGGCGCGCGCGCCCAGGCCGGACCGGGCCGGUGUGCGCCGCAGUGCUCCUGACUUUGGCCGCGGUGCUCCUUGCUGUCGCCGCGCUCGCCGGGGUCAGGCUCGCCAGCGAGCUGCCCGCCUCGGGCAUCGUCAUGUCCGGCCACCCGACCGAGGUCGACGCUGCGCCGAUGAGCACCAGCAGCCGGGGCCCUGAGUCCGGCGUCUCGGAGAAGACGUCCGGCGCCAGCGCCCACGGCGGCAUGCUUGGGGCGGACGCCGGUGGCAACGCGUUCCCGUGGAGCAAUGCCAUGCUCCAGUGGCAGCGCACCGGCUUCCACUUCCAGCCCGAGAAGAACUGGAUGAACGACCCCAACGGUCCAGUGUACUACAAGGGGUGGUACCACCUCUUCUACCAGUACAACCCAGAUGGCGCCAUUUGGGGCAACAAGAUUGCGUGGGGUCAUGCCGCCUCUCGCGACCUUCUCCAUUGGCGCCACCUGCCCGUCGCAAUGUCCCCCGACCAGUGGUAUGACAUGAACGGCGUUUGGUCGGGCUCCGCCACUGUCCUUCCCGAUGGCCGCAUCGUCAUGCUCUACACCGGCUCCACCAACGCCUCUGUCCAGGUCCAGUGCCUUGCCUUCCCUAGUGACCCCUCUGAUCCCUUACUAAUCAACUGGACCAAGUAUGAGAACAAUCCGGUGAUGUACCCGCCACCGGGCGUCGGGGAGAAGGACUUCCGGGACCCGACCACUGCGUGGUUCGACGGUUCCGAUGACACAUGGCGGCUCGUUAUCGGCUCCAAGGAUGACCGCCAUGCUGGCAUGGUGAUGACCUACAAGACCAAGGAUUUCAUCGACUAUGAGCUUGUCCCCGGGUUGCUUCACCGUGUACCGGGGACGGGGAUGUGGGAGUGCAUCGACUUAUACCCGGUCGGCGGUGCAAGGGGCAUCGAUAUGACGGACGCGGUGGAGGCCGCGUACACAAAUGGGGGCGACGAUGUUUUGCAUGUGAUGAAGGAGAGCUCGGACGAUGACCGGCACGACUACUAUGCGCUCGGGCGAUACGAUGCGGCAAAGAACAUCUGGACCCCAUUGGACACCGACGCCGAUGUUGGCGUCGGGCUGAGGUAUGACUGGGGAAAGUUCUACGCGUCCAAAACCUUCUACGAUCCGGCAAAGAAGCGGCGUGUGCUCUGGGGGUGGGUCGGUGAAACCGACUCCGAGCGCGCCGACGUCGCCAAGGGAUGGGCCUCCCUCCAGUCAAUCCCUCGGACGGUGGUGCUGGACACCAAGACAGGAAGCAACCUUCUGCAGUGGCCGGUACAGGAGGUGGAGACGCUCCGGACCAACUCCACCGACCUCGGCCAGGUCACCAUCGACCACGGCUCGGUCUUCCCGCUCAGCCUUCACCGUGCAACCCAACUCGACAUUCAGGCCUCAUUUCACAUCGACUCGCUGGAUCUCGCCGCCGCCAAUGAGGCCGACAUCGGCUACAAUUGUAGCACUAGUGGCGGGGCGGCGGGCCGGGGCGCCCUCGGACCCUUCGGCUUCCUCGUGCUCGCCGAUGCCAGGCACCAUGGUGGGGACGCAGAGCGGACCGCCGUCUAUUUCUAUGUUUCGAGGGGCCUCGAUGGAGGCCUGCGCACACACUUUUGCCAUGACGAGACGCGCUCGUCUCGCGCCUAUGACAUUGUCAAGAGGGUCGUUGGCAACACUGUGCCGGUUCUCUCCGGUGAGGACCUGUCAGUGAGGGUGCUGGUGGACCACUCCAUCGUGGAGAGCUUUGCGAUGGACGGGAGGUCAACAGUGACGUCGCGGGUGUACCCGACCGAGGCGAUUUAUGCAAACGCCGGUGUUUACCUCUUCAACAACGCCACCGGCGCCCAGGUCACCGCAACCAGCCUCGUCGUCCACGAGAUGGACUCCUCCUACAACCAGGCCUACAUGGCCUCAAUGUAAAAUGAAAAUGGAAAGAUAAAUUUUUUGAUAGCAUAUGCAUAUAUGUGUAAUUACUUUUUUGAUUUUCUCCUCACUCCCCCUAUCUUGUGCUUUCUAGAGCGAAUGGAAGAUGCCAUGAUAUGCAAAGCUAGAGCUGUACAUGUACCACAUCAGUCAAAUUAAUUUCUACAGAGAUUUUGAUUU